ACACAUCCCAUCUGUGGAGAACAGUUUUCUUUUCUCCCUCUUUUUUCCAAUUAAAAUAGAUAAACAAAGGAUGAUUCAUAGAUUUCACACUGGUGUUAGGUUUUAAACCUUUCCGUCUCAGAUUUAGCAAGAGUAAACAACUUAAAUACAUCAUGGAAAAAAGCGUCAUACUGUACUCCACUGUGCCCGUAUUCAUUUCUCCAACAGGGCCGGGACGGAGAAAGAAUCCUUCACAUUGAUUCAGAGUAGUAAGGUCUGAUUAUGUUUAACAUAGGAUAAAAAAAAAAGUUCCACUAACAAACCCUAAGAUGUUCUACAGUCACAGUUUCCCAUUUGCAGGCACGCUCACUCACCAUAUCUUUUUACAUAGAAUGUUAAUCAGGGAUUUGUUGUUUUUUUGUUUUUUUUGCCUCUCUUCUCUCAUGCAGACAUUUGCAGAAAGCACCAUGAACGAGCUCCUGGGAUGGUACGGAUACGACAAGGUAGAUCUCAGAGACUCGGAGGCCAACGAGAUCAGAAACUACAGAGAGCGGCGUCAGCAUGUGUCUGUGCUAAAAGAAAACUCAUUGCCAAAAGUUAAAAGCCUGGAGGCCAAGGUUAGUCAUUCAGUUCUGGCCAUGAAGAGCGGAGAGAGGGAGUCUUCGAGCGUCCCCUCCUCGUCGCCCUCCUCUUCAUCCACAAGUUCAUCCUUGACCACCCCGAAGGCGACAAGUGCGCCCGUCAUUGUUCCCCUAAUAAAGCCAUCAGCAGUGGAGGAUGUGCAGAACGUGCAGAUUGUGUGUGUUUGGUGCCAGAAGGAAGGCGUGAAACGCUACUCUCUCUGUAUGGGCUCAGAGCUCAAGAGCUUCUGCAGCGAGAAGUGCUUCGCCGCCUGCAGACGGGCCUACUUCAAGCGCAAUAAGGCCAGAGAUGAAGACCUCCACGGUGAGCGAUCUCCUCAGCACCCCCACCCAGAGGACUCGCCCAGACUGGUGUUGAAAAUAAACAGCAAUGUCAGAUCUCUCUCCCCUGUGCCACAGGUAUGUGACUGGUGCAAGCAUGUCCGUCAUACUAAAGAAUACCUGGACUUCGGCUCCGGAGAGGAACGGCUCCAGUUCUGCAGCACCAAGUGUCUGAAUCAGUACAAAAUGGACGUUUUCUACAGAGAAGCCCGUGCAGCUCUUACCAGCACCAGCUCCAGCCCGAAUAGAACCAGUCAGGAGUCGAGGGCGGAAAGCAGUGUCACUGGCCAAAAGUUACUCACUCCUGAGUCUUGGAACUGCAACAACAGCACUGGGGAAACCCGUCACAGAAAUCUCUCACCUAAAGGAUCCGUAUUGAUCCACGGAUCAGCAGAAUCCACCUCUGUCUCCUCCUCGGAAACAUCCUCUUCUUCUUCAUCAUCUUCUUCCACCAAGGCCCCUGUCUCUGGGCUAAGGACCCUUGAGAGACCCAUCCAGCCUCCUCCACCUAUGCCUGCUAUGAAUGUCUCACCCCACCCUGCUCAACUUCCUCCUCCACCUCCUCGCCCCCCUCUGGAACAUCAACCCAUGCCUCAAAUGCAGAUCCCCUUCAUCAGACCACCCCUUCAUGCUCAGGGCCUGAAAAGUCCCCUUGCCAAUAUGCCCAGACACCCAGGCCCCCCCCCCAGUCCCAUCCACAGACCUGCUCACUCUCCUCGCCUACAGCCCCCGACAUCAUCCUCCAUGAAUCCCCCUGGAAUGAUGCAUCCUUUUCCCGGAGCCUACUUCCCUGGCUUACACUCUCCUCCUCUGAAUAUGAUGCCAAGAGGUCCUGUCCCAAUGCCUCCCAUGAUGAACUUUGGUAUUCCUUCCUUUAGCCCUCUUCUGCCUCAGCCCACUGUCCUGGUCCCUUAUCCCAUCAUUGUUCCCCUGCCUGUUCCCAUACCCAUUCCUGUUCCCAUUCCAAUCCCUUCAAAGUCAACCCUAGAAACUCCAAGUCACAGUGGAGUUAUCCAGCCUGUGCCAGAGGGGACAGACCGGAGUAGAUCCAGGAUUACCAAGCUGCCGUCUCCAGGGAACCCUGAAGGCGACAGCAGAUUGUUCACCAACAAAUUGGGUGGAAUCUUGAAUCAAGGUCUCCCCUCGCCUAGUGAUGCUAACAUUAGGGACACAGAUUGGGUUAAGCUAGAGAGGCCAUUCCCAUCCCCAACGUCCACACUCAACAGCGCAACAUCCUCUCCGAGAGCACAGUAUAACGAUUCCCUGUGCGCAACGCCAGAGUCACUGACAGACUAUAAACCGCAGCAGUCAGAGCGACAAGUCAUUCAGAGGGUUCUUCAAAGGACCCAGGUGAAGCUGGAGCCCACUGCCAAUGGAGUGGUGGACCUAUCGGGGCAGGGGGAGUCCAUGACUGGGCAGGGUACCAGAACAGGGCUCCACAACAUCAUCAGACCAACCCCUCCUCCUCUGCCCGAGUCCCCCUCACAUGACUCUGUCUACCACCACCAGGACUCCCACACUCCUUCACCGUCACACACCCCACCCAGCCCCACAGGGAGCAGCCAUCCCAAUGAUGUCACACCCUCUGCCCCGAAAUCUCAGGACCACUGUUCAAAUGGUACGUCCUCAUCGUCCACACCCUCCAGUCCAGACUCCUCCCAAACACAGAGAGUGCAAGCGCCGCCACCACCUGACCCCACGGUCAGUGAGCUGGAGGCCAUCAAAGAGAACAAGUGCUCUGUUGUUGGCCCAGUGCAGGUUGAGGGCCAAGUCAGUCAGUCAGAGGAGCCUUUAGCAGUAGUCGGGGAGGUAGGAGAGAACCCACAUGUUCCUGAUGAGGAUCACGCCUACGCUCUUCCCACAGCAUCAAAGACAGGUGGGACCUCCACCCCGCUGCUCUUGCCCAAGCUUAGGGACAAGGGCAGCCUGCGGAGCCCUGCUAAUCUGCCCAGUGCUGGAGACAUGGAGCCAGCUCUGAAGAGGCGAUGCCUACGAAUCCGAGAUCAGAAUAAAUAGAGGAUGGAGGCUCCCUGUUUAACACUGUACGGCAGUGCCAGAUUCAGUGCCAUGCCCUCUUGUGGACGACCUCAGAGCGAACACCCUUCCAGCCUCUCCUUCAGCCUGUCAGCCCACCAAAGUGUUGCUCUGCCUGUAGACCAGCAGGGUGCCAACCCAGGAAGCAGACCAGAUGGCUAUAUCAUCUCUGGAGGCAGGAAACAACACAGUCACAACGUUUUGUCCUGGACCAAAGAGUAUUUCUGGCGUGUGUGUGUGUGUGUGUAUGUGUGUGUGUGUGUUGUGUUGUGUUCAGAUGUGACACGUCUCAGAUCUGUCUGACAGUAUACCUAACCUGCGUUUGAGUGUGUGUGUGU